UUGACUGCCUCUGCAUUUCUGUACUCUCUCUCUCUCUCUCUCUCACCCACUUUCCUCUGCUUCUUCUCCCGAAAGCUUCGCCUGUCCGAUUUGAUCUCCGUCCUACGCGCGCACGGAUUAUCCAAUCUAGCCUCUCCGAUUGCCUUUCGCUCUCUGGGGUUUGGAGGAGUUUGCGGAGAUCUAGCGGUUUUGGUUGGAGCCGGAAAAGCAUGCGGUGGUGGCUGACUCGUUCUGUUGAUGUGUUUCGCAAAGUGAUAUCUCUGAAUUUGUACUGUAGAGUCAUUCUGUAAUUGUUUCUCGUUUUACUCAAGUGGAUUACUGAAUACCCUCCUUUGUUUUCGAACUCAAAUUAACCGCUGAUAUAUUCCCCAUGGGAUCCUCUUUUUUCGUCGUCGUUCCUUGCUAUGUCCGCCAGAUUAGUUGAAUCCAUCUCUAAAUUCUUGUUUCAGUUCAUUUUCGGCCUUUUCCCGGUUUCUUGUAGUUGUUUAAGCUUUAGCUCCGUCCAGCUGUUUUUGGUAUUCUCUCUUUUUUGAAUCGUGGUAUCCCUUUUGUUUCGGUUGGUUACGUCUCUCGAUUCCGGUGAUCAAUCAGCUUGAAUUUGGUUUUUUUCUGUGUUCUUUGAAAUUGUGGUGCUUUGGAAGUCUGUCGGUCUUCCUAAAACAUAUUCAAGUGCGGGGAAAUUUUAAGUUAUGGUAAGCCAAUCAGCGAGCCAAACAAGAUUUCGAGCAUUGAAACAUGAGAAUGGGAUUGAUGGGAGCGCCACCAUAGUUAUUAGAGUAAUAGCAUGCUUUCAACCUCUUCAGGAUUGCCAGGCUGAAUAUUUUCGUCAUUUGCUGAAACCUGUCACGUAGAUAAUUUUUGUGCUUUGCGUUCAAGUUAAGCUGGAGAUUUUAGUCUUUGAAUUGUUGCUGAAAGAGACAUUAAUCAACUGUUUCUAGCUGUACAUAACACUUUCUGGUAGUUGAUUUGAUUGGAUGGGUGAAGAUUUUGGAUCUUGGAUGCCCCAGCUGCCCUGUUGGCGGCCACCUGAUCCAUAUUCCUUCGGUGCUCCUUUUGCCUUGGGGCAACAGAACUUCAGUUCUGCAUAUAGAAAUCCUGGCACUAGUAUGCUGUUCACAAAUGGAACUCUGCCAGUGUAUGCAUCGUCUGGGUUGCCCCAUCCGCAAGUACACAGACGAAAUGAACCUCAUGGUUGGUUCUAUUGCCUGCCCAGUUUCCAACAGGGCUUCAUGCCUGCAACACAUACUGUUCUCGGAGAGAAAUUUUCUACUUUUUCCUUCCAAAACCCCAAGGUGACAUUGGCACCCUGUGUAGACCCUGACAGUAAGCAGAAGAAAUUGCUUGUCAGCAAUCCGUCAGGGGAUCAAACAAGUUUGGCCUUUAAUUCUGGAAUAGUGAAUCCUUUGCAGUGCCCUACUUCUUGGUACCGGUACCAAGAAGGCAGGUACCAUGUCAAUGGGAAUGAUCAUGCAUGUAAUAGAGAUUUUCCAAAUCUCUCCGGAGCAAUUUUGACUAAUGAGUUCCAAGGAAACCAUGAAUCUGGUGAUCAAAGUGAGAUGCAUGAAGACACGGAAGAACUGAAUGCAUUGCUCUACUCAGAUAAUGAGAGCGAUUACUCCGAGGACGAUGAAGUUACUAGCACAGGUCAUUCCCCCAGUACAAUGACAAUUCUUGAGAAGCGGAAUUGGUCCGAAGCAAGGGAUGAAGAAGUUGCUAGCUCUUGUGGAAUAACUAAAAAGCGGAAGCUAUUUGAUGGAGGUUAUGAUGUGCCGUCUGUCAUGGACACUGCAAGUUCCAAGAAACCCAACAGAGUAGCUGACUUAGAGGAUGAUGCAGAUUCCAGUUGUGCCUGCAGCAGAAGUUCUGGGUCUAGAGAAUCAGAUUCCGAGUCCAGUAACAAGAUGAAAAAGGAUAAGAUUCGCGAGACGGUGAGCAUUCUGCAGGACAUAAUUCCUGGUGUCAAGGGAAAAGAUGCAAUGGUGGUGCUCGACGAAGCCAUCCUCUACUUAAAAUCGCUGAAGUUCAAGGCCAAAGCUUUCGGACUCGAGUCUCUCUGAGUCCCAACCCAUCUGUUCCAGUAGUAUUUGUAGUAGCAGUGACAUUAUCAGUUCUUGUCGUUUAGAAGCAGUUAAUGUGAAAUUGCAGAAUAAGUUGGUGGUGUAUAUGCAAUGCCUGUAGACAUGGUAGGACAUGAGGCGUGUUCCAGCUAAGGCGGUGGUGAAAAAUGUAGCUUGAAGUCGAAUCCCUCUUGAGGUAUUUUCUUCAAUGAUUGGGUAGGAUUGGAAAUCAGCAGAGCUUCAGGGUUGGUUAUCAUGAGCAAGAAAGACAGUGGUGCUUUACAUAAUGUCCCAAUAAAGGGCGGUGAAUCAUGAUUUUAGGGUUAAGAUAAAGUGACAAGCGCACCUGGGCAUGGGGUGAAUUGAAAGACUGGGUAGUUUUAUUCCGGAGGGGCCCUAAAGAGAGGAGAAAGAGGUGCACGCCCUUGGUUGUAUUUGGGUCCCAACUCUCACUUUCUCCUCCCUUUUGUUUACUUGUCCAUGUUUAUCAUCUGUGGAGCUCCCCGCUUUUCUGAUGUCCAAGUUUGCAUGAGCAAGAGCGCGCCUUCUCCACUCCUUCAUGCAACAACUUGCCGAUGGGGCACAUUGGGAGCCCGACCGGGGGGCCCUAAUCCCCACCAUAUCUCGCAUCGAGCCAGCCAUGUGAUGGAGACUAACCUAGCCCUUAUCGGAAUUUCGCUGUAAAUUUGAUGGCUGAAUAGGCUUUGAGAUCAUAUCCUUAUUUGGGGGUUGGAUAUUAAUGUUGUUCUUGGUGUAAUAACAGAACGGGAAGCAUAGCUGGGUUGGGCGUAAUUUAAGUUGGGUUGGUGUUAGUGUUGUCCUGAUGUUUGUGUACUUACGUCGCAUGCACGCAUUUGUGAUACGA